UUCUAAUUCAAAGUUGAAAUAUAUGAAAUUAACUAUUUUUUAAAAUUACAAAGCACUAUAAAAAAUAUUAUUAAUUGAAUGCUUUAUCUGCAUAAAUCAUAAAACUUCUAAAAACCUCAAAGAAUGAAUUUUUUAUCGGAAAAAUAAAGAAAAAACUUUCCUUUUUUUGCCUCUAUUUUUUUUGUCGGGAAGUGGGGUGAUAGAAAUAUGUCAAUAUCCCAUACACCUUGGGCUGAUAAUAAUAAUAAUCGUAAGAACAAAACCGUUAUUAAGAUCAUAAUCAUAACACACCAUAGUAGAACAUUAUUAUUAGUAGAAAAAUUGUUUACUGGCACUGACCCGAUCGAAACCUCUACCCUGAAGCAUCUGUACGAGUCUCACUAUCUCAUCAUUCUCAUCAGUCUUCCAGCCCUAUCUUCCCACCUCCCAACGUCGUUGCAAAGCACUCGUAGACAUCUAAGAUCAAAAAGAUCACCAAUGAUCAUAAUCUCGAGCAUUUUGACCUCUAAACUCUCUCCUUAUAACAAUCGCAAUUACCAGUAUUCUUCGAGUCUUUUAACCGUAAAUUUCUUGAAUUUCCUGCUUUGGCAUUUAUUGACUUUAGUAAAUGUAAGCGUAUACGAGCAGUAUAAAUUUAUAACCGAUAUUCCCGAUAUCAGCGGAGACUCAAGAAAUUCUACCAUCGUCUCCUCCCAUGACAAGGAAGAUGAUUACGCUAUAGAAGAAUAUUUUCUUUAUGAUGAAUUGGACAAACACGAAGAUUACCUGACAGAUAUCUUCUCAAAGAUCCCGCUUAACGUUCCCCAUAUUCUCAAAAUUCCUAAAGUAGUUGUUAAUCAAGAUCCCAGCAGAGUCAAAGAUGGAUCGAAUAAUACUGAAUUCCUCGCAUCUUUACUCGCUUACAACACAUACAAAAGAAAAAGAUAUAAGAAAGUAGUUUUUCCUAAUUUUUACAAGAUGCCCCAGGGCAAGAUGGGAAAUUCUACCUUAUAUUCUUUUAAUAGUAGUACACCUAUUUCUUACAGUCAUCUUUAUACCAAAAAACCGAUAUCAUAUUCGAAGCAAUUUAUUCCGCCACGCUCCACCGCGGUUUACGAUAAUCAUAAUCGCGUAAGAAACGUUGGGAGGCGUCAGCAUUUACCCGCUAAAAGUAAGGCUACAAAGACAAUAAGAUCUCACCCGGCCGCUAAACUCACGGUUAAAAAAGCUUUGAACGACAAAGAUGAAACUGUCGUUAAUAUUUCUAACGAAAAUAUAAAACCGUCAUCUGGUUUAAUCACUAAAAUCCCGAAAUCAAAGAUCAUCCCUCUAGACGCCGUUAAAAAUUCUACUACCUUUCCUCCAACGGGAAAUAAUUUAUCGACAAAUACGAAUAAUAACAACCUAUCAGCUGUUACUACCCAUAAGAAUAUAACAACCAUUUUCAAAAAGAAAACGGAUCCAAAUUACGUUGGCGGCAGAAAUAAAUCGUCAAAUGUGGCCUCAAUGACUGCUCAUAGAGAGAACCAAUCUGGCCGGUCAGAAGUUGAUAAAGUGACCGAGUUUCUCAAGAUAGUCGAAGAGUACGAAAACGACGCCCAACACUGUAAGGCGGGUACUACGGUUAACUUAGGCGAUGGAGUCAUAGACCAAUACGGACUCAAGAGAUAUUACUCUCAGGCGUUAAUAGCGGUCAAUAGGGCUAACCUGCUGACUAGGUUAUGGCGGUACGCUCCCAAGGAAGUUCUAGAUAGCGAAUUCCUCCUCUACAGCUUAGUGAGAUCGAUGGUCGAAUCCGACGUAAAUAUUUUCGCCGCGGGAAAUUGCUACGAUAAAUACGAAUACAAGGAUUAUUAUUUGUUCUGCCCUUUUUCUCAUUAUUUGCCGGACGGAAAGCGUAUCUUGGUAAAAGAUCUGAGCGUGCAAUACAAAUACAUGGGGAACGAAUCUGAGUGGUUCCAUAGCUCUAAGAUGUGGGCCAAAAAUUUAAGUCGAUUUCAGAAGCUUAAAGGUGUGUAUAAUAUGCGGUAUAACGGGUCAGCUGACGCCCCAGAGGAACGGGAAGAAAUAUUAGCCGUCACCUACAAAGACGGCCAUUGGAGCAAACCAUAUUUCGAUUGCGGAGGCGGAAACAUUUGGAUGAUGACGUAUACCAUACCAUUCUUCGGCUUCAAAAACGGGAGCUUUUAUUUCAAAGGCACAAGUGGAAUAGAUAUAGAUUUGAGAAAAGUCGAUAUAGAUCAAUGCCCUACAAGCGGAAACGAUACUACCGUAAAUGUAUUCGCCGAUUCCGAUAAAUGCCAAAAUCGAUCCACUGUUUGUAUUCCGGUAGAGGGCCAAGGAUUCAGGAGAGGUUCUUACAGAUGCGUUUGCAAGAAAGGAUUUUAUUUCCCUUUCAAGGAGAGCCCAGAAAAAUAUUUCUUGGGAACUGAUAUGGAAGAUGAAUUCGAUAAAUAUAUAAAAAAUGGUCCAAACAAAUAUCAAGAGAUGAUAUGUUUACCAUGCCCUAAGGACUGCGAAGAAUGUGUCGACUUUAGGCCAUGCUCUGUCACCACCAAUAAAAUUUUAAGGAUAAUCAUUCUAUGCCUUCAAUGCAUGAUAAUGUGCGUAGUGCCGGCAUUGGCUUGGUUCACUUGGGCUUAUAGAGAUAUUAAAAUAGUCAAAGCUUCAAGUCCGGUGCUUCUAUAUAUAUUCCUAGCAGGAGCGCUAUUCUUAUAUUUGCCAGUUAUAGUUACCUUUCCAGAUCCGUCUACAGUAACAUGUACUAUGAAACUUUGGUUCAGGGAAAUAGGAUUCUCGAUAGCUUACGGUGCUAUCCUAUUCAAAACCUGGAGGAUUGCUAGAGUAUUUAGAGUUAGGUCUGCAGCCAAGAUCAAGAUAACGGAUAUGGAUUUAAUCAAGAGGAUGGGAAUCAUAGUAGCCACCUUCCUGGUUUUGGUUAUAGCUCGAACAAGCGUAUCGCCGGCUAAUGUUACCACGAUAUACAACAAGGAACACUUAAAAGCCUACCUUUGCGUAACGGAUUGGUGGGAUUACUCUAUCGCUUUAACCGAACUAGCACUCUUACUUUGGGGCAUCAAACUCAGCUUCGACGUUCGCAAGGCCCCCUCCGAAUUCAACGAAAGCAAAUUUAUAUCGAUGGCCAUUUACAACGAAUUUUUGCUUUCACUGUUCCUCAAUAUAUCCCUAUUCUUCCUUCAAACAUAUGGUGAUCCGGACCUAUUGUACAUAAUAUUAUUUAUCCACUGUCAAUUAACAACGACAUCUUUACUAGGAUUGAUAUUCGGAAAUAAAAUUUACUCGAUAUACAAGGGUUUGGGAAACAAAGCCGGAGGAACUAUCGAUCAGGCAAUUAAGAACAAGUUCUUCAAAGGCAAAGUUGGUGGAACCGAAAAUAAGAGCCAAGCGGCAUCCUUAUUGUCUCAAAGCGGUGAUACAAGUUACGCUAACAUCAAGGACCAGGAUACGGCGGCUGAACUGAAACGAUUAUACGCGCUCGUUGAGGCCAUGAAGAUUCAAAAUAUGAAAUUGGGGAAUCGCCACAUCCCGGGUUACAACAACAUUCUCAAGGCGAAAAUCUUGAAGAGCAAAAGCACUUCCCAUUUCAAAAAAUCUUUCAGCACCAAACGCAAAAAUUUGAUACGUAAAUUUUCUAACGAUUUACUAGACUCCAUAACGGAUUCGUUGUCUUCCCCUCAACACCCCGCAUCUUCUUCUAACAAGAACAGACGCGCGAUGCAAAAAACUUCCAAGUAUUGGAAGGAGAGGAUAGAUACGGCGUCGUCGGUGAUCGAUAAGUUCAGAGAUAGCAAUAAAAAAAAACGAGUGAGGGCUCUGGGAGGUAAAAACGUUCUUACAUCCAGUAGGGAUAGUAGGCUGAACGGUCAAUCGUCACCCUCGAGGAGUAGGUUAGGAAGUAGUUCAAUGAUCAUUCAUUCGGGGUCUUCCAUCUUCCAACAACCGCUAAAAGAAGAAACAGAACGGGAUCACGGAGGAGAAGCGGAAGAUAAAGGAGGCGGAAUUAAGAUGAAGAACGGUUUAGCAUCUACCGAUAAUCCUUCCUAUCGUAAGCGACGCCAGGGCUGGUUCUAAAAGGAAAAAAAUAGUCGCGGGAGACGUCGUCAGGAAAAAGGGAAUACUAGCGGGACCGAAAAAGGCGCUAGUGAUCCAAAACGAAAUCUUUACGAUAACCGCCCAACCUAACCCCGAAAGGGAUGCCAAACUAAUUUACGUGAUCAAACCGAGAUUCGUUACCUCGUUUUCGUUAGACGAACCCGAAAAAGCUUAUAAGACGUAUCUCCCUCGUAACAUAACCAUUAACUUCGAUAACGGGGAUAUCAGCAUUUGAACGAACGUGCUAAACACGAAAUCCACACAAUUUAUUAUGCAAUUAAAUUUCUUUCUUAUUUAUUUUUAAAAAGAAACCAAUAUUUCAUAAUUGAAUAGGAUAUAAAAAAUGGGUGUAUAUUAUAAU